AUGCCACAGAUAUUUGGUAAUCCUCGGAUGAUGGAAUCGAAGGCACUUCUUUGGAACGCUUCAAGAGUGCCUCUGCGAUGUUUUUCACUAGAUGAAAAUACACAAUCAUUGGGAGAAUUGAAGCACAAAGACAGAUUCCACGAGGUGGACUCUGGUUCACCCACACCCAUUUCGAGCUCAUUAGCGAGUCCUGAGCCAAUGUCGUCAGAGCAGAAUGAUGAUCUACAAGUAAUGGGCCGAUCGUUAAAGGCAAUAAUAGAUGAAUCUUGUUUAAUGAAAGGUGCCCCAUCGUGCGACAAAGCCAAGGCUAAAUUUGACGAGCUCGGGAAGGACUUUCCAAGUGAUUUGCCAUACAUCAUCACAUACGAGCAUAAAUAUCUGGAAGCCAUAUGUCAAGAAUGUGAUCGCGGACUGAGAAUUGAGGGUUCUGCACUUGGUGGUAUUAUGAACCAUGCGACCGGCAUACAGCAUGGUCUCAACGUCAAACAACGGCUAGUUUUAGACAAUUUGGAAGAGGCACUAACCUCCAAAGUCAUGGCCCGAAGGAAAGCUAUGGAGACUCUAUCUGAGCCAAAUUCCUGCAGGGAAGUCCAAAACCAGCCGAAAUCCAAAAAUGAGAAGCCAUGGGAACUUCCAUCUAUUAAAGUUGAUCCUACUAGACCUGUCGAACAUUUUGGGCCUGAGCCAAGAAAAUCCAAACGCCAAAAACUAGCACCUGCGUUACUCGCUGAAACCGAUACAGGUGAUCUUCGAGUCAGUACAGUGUUAAAGAAUCCUGUAGGCAGGUCUCGAGGAUGGAAAAGAAACAAAGAACCUUCUUCGAUAACAGAAACGUCUGCUCUGGUGUCGGAACGUAUUGCCGUAGAAAUAUCCGAAAGCUUUACAGACUUCAAUCACCAAUUCGAUCACAAAAUGAAGAAACAAAGAGAUCAGAUAUUGCUUCUCAAUGCAGACCUAAUUGGGUUGAGAAAUUUUUAUGGCAAAAGGCUAGAUACUCUGGAGCAAAUUUCGGAGACGCGGAAGCAUGAACUCAUAGUAAACAAUAGACAUCUCAUAGAAUUGAAAGCACAAAAUGAUGCCUCUUUCCAAAAAGACAAGGUCAGCUUGGCAGAUAUGAAGAGUACGCUUGGGAAACGGAAGGAAUCCAUCGAUAAUUUAACCAAUCUCUUGUCGAAUGCGGAAUGCAAACUGGAGAGUCAGAAGAAUUUCAUGAAAAAUAUGGCUGUCCUCUUUCCGGGUGUGGAGAGCAAGCUGAAUGAGCAGAUCGAGAUCAUUAACCGUCUGUCUUCGAGAAUGGAAAGUGACCUCGAGGGACAGAAGGCAACCACCACGGACUUGGACUCAUUACGGUUGCACACCGAAAAAGAGCUUCAAACCCACCAAAAGCAGAUUGCGAAGCUCGAACAGAAAAUAUCCGGAAUUCAACAUGUCGUCACCAAAGAAGUUUCUGGGCUCAUCAAGAAGCAAAGCUUCCCUCACGUUGCUGUAGACCGGGUUGAGAAAUUGGAGAAGUCUAUUGAAGAAAUCAACAAAAGAUUGGAAGAUCCGUUUCCGGCUAGGAUUUCUGAGGCUAUUGUAGAUCGAGUUGUUCGUCAUACUGCAGAAAAGCACAACAGACUAGAGGAGAUGGGUAGGGAAAUCGAGAAGAGGCACUCAUCUCAACGCGCCUCAUUCAUAGAAGUGCUUGAAACAAAGAUGACCUGUACUUCUCAAGCCACUAUUGAUCCAGUUGCAAACUUAGAGGGGAGUCUCGAGGAGUUCCAAACAAAACUGACGGGCAUGGCUUGUCUAGCUGUGGAACCCCAGUUGCAAUGUUGUAAACAAGACGCCGAGGUCCGUGAAAAGCAAGCUGUCGAAUUUCGACCCUAUAUGGAUCGGAUUGUUCGAUUGGAAGAGGAUUUUUCUGAUUCCAGGUCCCUCAAAUAUAAACUGGACAGUUUGGAAAGGUGUACCCAAGGCUUUCAAAUACGGUUGGAUGAGAUGGCUUGUGAGUCAGCAGAGUACCGGUUGCAACAAGAUAGUGUACGCACCGAGUCUCUUAAAAGACAAGCACUAGAAUCUUAA